GAAAUAUUCUUCCUUCCUUCCCACCAUCAUGGCGAAGAAAUCCAGAAAAAAGGAAAAUUCGAUCACUCGUCCGACCUUGGUCGCGUUGAAGGGCAUACAAGCGUAUAUCAAGAGCGUCGCAGGUUUGGCUUCGACUGUGCUGGAGAUCAUCGACACAGCCUCUACGAAUAGAAAGGAUAUCGAUGAAUUCGUCGAGCGCAUCUGGAAUACGAUCACCACGUUAAAAACCGUUGCAGAUCGGUACUCUAGAGCAGGUAACGGGGACGUGUCUGACGUUCAAGGAGUGUGCGACGAUUUUCAGCAGUGCCUCGAGGAGAUCCUCAGCGAGAUGCGUGAAAUACAGAAGGGGAGCGCUGAUAAGAGCAGGAUAAUGCAGUAUCUGAUGAUCACAGACGUGCGCGAUAAGAUCGACAGUUUUGUACAGCGGGCCGGUAACCUACAGAGAGACUUCGAUAUAUACCGGGACAGUCGUCGAAACACGUGCCAUUGCGUUGUCGAUUCGUCAUGACAUGAACUCCGGCUUUGGCGCUAUAAAAUCCUCGCUCGAUCGUCUACAUAUAGCAACCAAAGAUGGACGUAUGAGCCUCGAGCAGCGUCUAUAUGCUGUCCUUCGGGACGAUCUACAUCCUGUUAUAUCUAGCAACCAUGACGAACUGCUUACGGCAAUCGAGGCCAGUAAAGGCAUUUACAAAGGCGUGGUACAUACAAUGCGCCAAUUUCCCUAUCCUGAUCUAAGAGACGUCUAGAUUCGAGAAAUUAUAAUGGGAGAAAUUAAUCUUGGACACCGGACAUCUUCUUGCAUAAAAAAUUCCGAUCUAUUCUACAGACCUGAUUUUGUUGAACACAAAUGCAUUGUCAACGGAGAC